CUCCCUCUCUCCCCUCCAGUUGCUGCCAAUCUCCCAGCAGUCAGACAUCAGUCCGAUUUCUCCGGGGGGCAGCCAGCGAUCCUGAGAAGGAGCAGAGGCACCGCCGCCACCCUGUCCCACCAAGCCGAACCCACCGGCAUAUCCGCGGCGCCGGGUCUGACCCGCUCCCUGCUGCUGCUGCUGAGCCGACUGCCACCGGCCCCGGGGGAGGAGAGUGAGACGCGGCGCCUCUUGUAUAAAGACACUGGGACAUUGUGAAGGCAGCAUUGGAAGUGUGCAGGGCAUGGCCGGGAGCGGACAUCUCACUCCGUGCACGGAUCUCCAGAGGUGGGGAGGCUUCCCAGUCACCUUGCUCCUGCUCUCCUCAGUGCCUGUGAUGUGCACUUCAUGGGGGACCGGCUUCCAAUACAAGUUCCCGGCGGCUCUGCAAAGCAGCAAGGACCAGCUAGGAAUCAUCAGCAACGGGUUUCUCAGCCGGAGGAACUGGUGUCCUUACACACUCACGAAGACAGUGUCCUGUCAAGUGCAGAAUGGAACCUAUGUGCAAAGGGUUUAUCAGAGCUGCAGAUGGCCAUUGGGUUGUCCCGGUGGGAUCAGUUACAGGGCAGUGAUACGACCAACGUAUAGACUGACGUACAAAACAGUGACGGCAGUGGAGUGGAAGUGCUGUGCCGGCUUCAGAGGGAGCAACUGUGAGGAAGAAACUGGAAAUUUCCUGGAAGCCGUGGAUGGCGGCCGUCAGAUAUCUCACAUCCGCAGAUUACAAGCAAAAUCAGGCGACCUUUCAAAUUGUUUGAACUGCAGUCGGAUUUCCCAGCUGACAGACCGUUUGGGAACACUGGAACAAAAGGUUGCACUACUGGCGGCCGCAGAGCCCGUGACCCCCCUAUUGACCAACCAUGGCCACCUAACAAGUAAAGGAGCGGCUGAAGAUGCCCACAAACUGCGAGGAGCCCCAGCGGCACGUGGUGUACCUGGAGUGCGGGGGCCUAAAGGUCCUCCUGGUGAAAGAGGAAAAGAUGGAUCUCCUGGCCAGGAUGGUCCAAAAGGUGAACCAGGAGUCCGAGGCCCAUCAGGAAUACCGGGAACACAAGGACCAGUCGGGCCGCCAGGUCCAGCAGGACACCAGGGAACGACAGGGGCAGCAGGAAUCCCUGGGGCCAGAGGUCUACCAGGACCCCCCGGUCCUCCAGGAACGCCGGGAACCACCGGACCCUCACGUGCCAACAUUCCUUAUCCGGGAUCGUCUGACUUUGGCUACACAUCGUCCAACAAUGCUGGUGAUUCAGUGCUGUCCAAUACCUUCACGGACACGGUAGUGACUGGCGUUCGAGGACCUCCUGGUUCACCUGGACCAGUAGGACCCAUGGGUUCAACUGGACCACAAGGACCCAUAGGACCACCGGGACCUCCUGGAAAAGAUGGUGCAACUGGGCGAGCGGGCUUGCCGGGGCCAGAAGGACCUAAAGGUGAAAAAGGAGACCGAGGCCUGUCUGGAUUACCUGGAGAAAAAGGUUACAGAGGAGAAACAGGGGGACCAGGAACAAAAGGAGAACCCGGAGAUAAAGGCCAGCCGGCUGUUAGUUGGCAGAUGAUCCAAGAUCUUCAAGCUGAAUUAGAAGUUCUGGCUAGAAGGGUAACCUUACUGGAAGCCAUCGUGUGGCCAGAACCUGAUCAUGGAUCUGGGGUUGACCCUUAUGCCACAAUACCUCCAAAUUUCUUCAGAGGUAAGCGAGGCAGCUUUGCAGCCUACAAGAUUAUCUCGCACAGGCUCGCACACAAAACCGAAGAGAAAUGAUUAAGGACAGUAUUAACGUCAGCCAAUGUCAACUGUUGGUGCCUUCUUACAACAACAGGUGGUAAACUGGGGUAAGCAGAUUACCAAACCACUGGAAUUGUUAUAUUUGUCCUAAGUGUAAUACAUCAGCGGACUAACUUGAUUUGCCUCAUCCAACGGUGGGCAUUUUCCUUUAUAUGUACUGAAAAUGAUUUGCAUUCGAGGCUGCUUUCUUAAUGGGAAUCUCAGAGAUAUGAUAUAGAUAUCAUGCAUUGGUUCACCACAGUUGACUAUUCUGUGGUUUCUCAUUAUGAGCACUGGUGAAUAUUCCACAAGGCAGCCACUGGUGCUUCCUCUCCUAUGUUUUGUGAAAAUGUUUACUUUGUCUUUUACUUUCUAUCACAAGUAGAUUAAUGUUUCUGAAAUUCUGUAUAAUCAUCAGUUUACAUUAUGUACUUAAAUCAUAGUUUAAUUACGUGGAGAUAUUUUUAUUUUUAAUGAGACACCAUCCCUUGGUCACCUUCCAUCUUGUUAUCUCCAACAAAAACCACACCUGCUGAUUCAGUGCAGGAUUAUUCACUCUCUUUUAUAUUCAAAUUAUGGUGUAAUUGCCCAACAAUCUCUGUGUACUCAGGGUAUUGACUUUUAUUUUUGAUUUUAAAAUGGGUUUGCCAGUAACGACUCUUCAAUUAGAAUGUAACUAUUUUAGAUCAAAGGUAAAGAACAAUUACAGAGAUUCUUUUUUUUAAACUCUCUUUUAAAUGUGUUUUUACAAGAGCAAGGCAUACAAAUUUGUUACCUUGCCAGUGGUGUAGCUACACUGCAAUAUUUGGUUUUGGAAUACACCACUUCCCAUCCAUUCAUUAUUUGUGAGGAGAAGUUAACAUCAGGAUGCAUUUUAAUAUGUAUUUUAACAACUGGAAUUAAUGUUUGGGAGAAGCUUCACAAAAUGGGAUCCUGUCUCUUUAAAUUCUAUUGAAAGUGUUUUGUUGAUCUCCUGUUACAUCAUGAUAGUAAGAGGCUGGCUGUAAAGGAAAUCGUUUUAAGUGAGCUGUUGCAUUUGUUGCACCUUGAUCAAAAUAAGUAUAGUUUCAAAAUUUUAUUCACAAUAUUAAAAUAAUCCAUGCCUUAUUCAUCACAAGAAACACACAUUUUCUGUUACAUCUGAACAUUACAUUUCAGCAAUUCUUCAAACAUUUUUUAUCUUUGUAGUUCUAACAGACAAAUGUUAAAAUAGAUAGCCAAUCAGCAAAAAAUAUGGAUUACUUACACACCAAAUCAAUACACACCAGAGAAAUGAGGACUGCUCCUUAAAAUUCUACAUCAUAAUAAAUAGGAUAUUUCACCAUCUCGGCAUGAAAAUAUACUAUAAGUAUUUAUCUACAGAUAUCUCUGAAUUUGUACUUGAAGGUAGCAUUUCAAUUACAGCCACUUAAACGUGUCUUACUGGUGCUAAGAGUGCAGUGUUUAACUUUGUAAUUAAGGCAACGUGCGACUCUGAUUUGGUUUGUAUUUGUUUUUAUCCACGGAUCUUUGUAUUUUGACAAUGGGCUUUUAAUGCAGGUUGCUGGCCAAAGUAUUCACUUAUUCACUAUAUGUACAAUGUGCAACUUUUGGUGCCACUAUGUUUUUAUGAUGCUGUCUUUAAGAGCGUACUUACUUCCAUGUACAGAGCACUGUUUUAUACCAACUAUGAGAAGUGUGUCAAAAAUAUUCAUUAAAGGAUAAAUUAAGUCUU